AUGCCGAAGAACAGCAAGGUGACACAGCGGGAGCACAGCAGCGAGCAUGUCACCGAGUCGGUGGCCGACCUGCUGGCCCACCAGGAGCCCGUGGACUACAAACGCAGCGUCCUGAACGUGGCAGGGGAGAGCUGGGACAAGCAGAAGGAGGGGGAUGAGGAGCUGGAUGCGGAGAACCGGCCGGCGUGGAACAGCAAGCUGCAGUACAUCCUGGCACAGAUCGGCUACUCCGUGGGGCUGGGCAACGUCUGGCGCUUCCCCUACCUGUGCCAGAAGAAUGGAGGAGGCGCCUACCUGGUCCCAUACCUGGUCCUGCUCAUCAUCAUCGGGCUGCCCCUGUUUUUCCUGGAGCUGGCAGUGGGGCAGCGGAUCCGCCGGGGCAGCAUCGGCGUCUGGAAUUACAUCUGUCCCCGCCUGGGCGGCAUCGGCUACGCCAGCUGCCUGGUCUGCUUUUUUGUUGGUCUCUACUACAACGUCAUCAUUGGCUGGAGCAUCUUUUACUUCUUCAAGUCCUUCCAGUACCCCCUGCCCUGGAGCGAGUGCCCCAUCGUGAAGAACGGCUCGGUGGCCGUUGUGGAGACUGAAUGUGAGAGGAGCUCGGCCACCACCUACUUCUGGUACAGGGAGACCCUGGACAUCUCCAACUCCAUCUCUGAGAGCGGGGGGCUGAACUGGAGGAUGACCCUGUGUCUGCUGGUGGCCUGGAGCCUUGUUGGCUUGGCCAUGAUCAAAGGCAUCCAGUCCUCAGGGAAGGUGAUGUACUUCAGCUCCCUCUUCCCAUACCUGGUGCUCGUUUGCUUCUUGGUGCGGGGGCUGCUGCUGCGGGGGGCAGUGGAUGGGAUCAUGCACAUGUUCACACCCAAGCUGGACAAGAUGCUGGACCCCCAGGUGUGGCGUGAAGCAGCCACACAGGUUUUCUUCGCCUUGGGCCUGGGUUUUGGGGGGGUCAUUGCCUUCUCGAGCUACAACAAGCAGGACAACAAUUGCCACUUCGAUGCCACCCUUGUCUCCUUCAUCAACUUCUUCACCUCUGUGCUGGCCACCCUGGUUGUGUUUGCUGUGCUGGGCUUCAAGGCCAACAUCAUGAACGAGAAAUGCGUGGUGGAGAAUGCUGAGAAGAUCUUGGGCUACCUGAACACCAACGUGCUGAGCCACGACCUCAUCCCACCCCACGUGAACUUCUCCCACCUCACUGCCAAGGACUACAACGAGAUGUACAGGGUGAUCAUGACGGUGAAGGAGGGGCACUUCAAAGAGCUGGGCCUGGAUGCCUGCCUGCUGGAGGAUGAGCUCAACAAGUCGGUGCAAGGGACUGGCCUGGCCUUCAUUGCCUUCACAGAAGCCAUGACCCACUUCCCAGCCUCGCCCUUCUGGUCUGUCAUGUUCUUCUUGAUGCUGAUCAACCUGGGCUUGGGGAGCAUGAUUGGGACCAUGUCAGGCAUCACCACGCCCAUCAUCGACACCUUCAAGGUGCGGAAGGAAGUGUUCACAGUCGGUUGCUGCAUCUUCGCCUUCGUGGUGGGGCUGAUCUUUGUGCAGCGUUCUGGAAACUACUUUGUGACCAUGUUUGACGAUUACUCAGCCACGCUGCCGCUCACCGUCGUGGUCAUCCUGGAGAACAUCGCUGUGGCCUGGAUUUACGGCACCAAGAAGUUCAUGCAGGAGCUGACAGAAAUGCUGGGUUUCCGACCCUACCAGUUCUACUACUACACCUGGAAGUAUGUGUCUCCCAUCUGCAUGGCCGUGCUGAUGACUGCCAGCAUCAUCCAGCUGGGAGUGAGUCCCCCGGGGUACAGCGCGUGGAUCAGAGAGGAGGCUGCUGAAAAGUUCCUGUUCUAUCCAACCUGGGCCAUGGCCAUCCUCAUCUCCCUGAUCAUCCUGGCCUCCCUCCCUCUGCCUCUGGUCUUCAUCCUCCGGCAGUUCCACCUCGUGUCCGACGGCUCCAACGCCCUCUCCGUCACCUACAAGAAGGGUCGGAUGAUGAAGGACAUCUCCAACUUGGAAGACAACGACGAGACCCGCUUCAUCCUGAGCAAGGUGCCCAGCGAGACGCCCUCGCCCAUGCCCACGCACCGCUCCUACCUGGGCCCCGGCAGCAACUCCCCCAUGGAAAUGAGCACUGCUCCCAACGGACGCUACGGGAGUGGCUACCUGCUGGCCAGCACCCCUGAAUCUGAACUGUGAUGGUUGCCUGCCCACCACCCCCACCGGGAGAGGAGGGCACUGGGGAGUGGAUGCUGGCUGUCCAGACAACAGGAAAAUUAAUUACUAAGGAAGAUGAAGAAGAAACCCCUCUUAAAAUCGUAAGCAAAGCAGCCAUUUCUAAGAUGACGUCGGGAAGAAGGGAUUGCAGGAGGGGCAGGACUCCUCUGACAACCCUCGGUGGAAAGGCAGGACCCCUGGCCUCAUCUCCAGGGAAGGGAGGAGGAGUAAGAGAUGCUGCAAUACCUUUCCAAGAGUUGUUCUCAUGCAGCUCAAAUCUGAAGCAAAGAAUCUCUCUUUUCUAAGCAGCUGAUGGUUGGAACAAGGACCUGGCAGCAGGAGGGAGGCCAAUCACACUUCCUCCUGUCACCCAGAGCUCUUCCCUCCCCGUCUGUUGUCCUUUAGCCGGGAGGAGUCAUGGCCUUAUUCCAACGAGCACAAUUAACCAUCGAUGUUCAUAGCACAAAAAGGUGCUGUUGUUGUCACCAUUGUUGUUGUUGUUGUAUCUCCUGUAGGUUUUUAUAGCUGUGGACACACCCAAAUAACCCCCCAAAUUCUGACCAGGGUUGGCAGGGAGCAGUUCUGGGCUGGCUGGGAUGUUGGGGUGUGUGGGACAGGGCCUGGUGCGUCCCUGGAAUCUUUGUUGGCACCAGCACAGGGACGGUGGCUGGGAGUUGUUUGGAGGCAUGGAGAUGUCCCAGCCAUGGGAUGGUGGGGCUGGGAUGCUCUGUGAGUUGGUGGUGGUGGUGCUGAGUGGCAGGAGGACCCCUGAAGUGACCGUGGUUUGGGUGUGUGAGCCUGUGAGGAGUCUGGUGUGAUGGGGGUCAGGAAUGCUCUCCUGGGAUUACUCCUGACGUGUGGGAUGCUCUGCUGGACCAAAAUCCCUGGCAUGGUGAUCAUCUCCUCUCACUCCUCUCUUUAGAUGUCCCAGAGGGACAAGCAGAGGAGCUGUGGGACAUCCAGUCCCACCACACUCCUGGUGUAGCUCUCAGGAAACCACCCCUGACUCCCUCCCGUGCUGCCUGCUGAGGUGAGCUGGGCAGUGGUUCUCUCUGGAUGUGCCUCCUCAUUUCUCCUCAUGUCCCCUUUGAGCCAGGGCCUUGGCAUUGCCUCCUGUCCCACCCCACAAGAGCUCACCAGCCUCUGGAUGGGGGUGACCAGCUCCUGGGGACCACAGGCAUCCGAGGAGCAGCAGCUCUUGGGAGCCAGUGCUGGGUGCCAGGUCCCCACCAGCUCUUGAUCCAGGCUGGGGAGCCCUUGUAAGAGUCCAGGGGCCGUCCGUGUUUUUGGGGGAUCAGACUGAUGUGACCUUACUUUGUUUCUCCCCAGGCUGUUUAGGAAAGGGUGGGAUCUUCUAUCUCUGAGUCUCUCCCGCUGGGACUGAGGGUCAUUUCCCUGAAUCCCACGUGUAACCAAGCACUCCUGCCAAGGGUACCAGGAUAACCUGGCAUCAUCCCCCUUUUCCUUGGGGACACAGAAGCAGCAGCCUCCUUUCACUCUCAAAGGCUGGGGGAGCUCCUCAUCCUGGGUCCUGCUGGGCUUGAGUUGUGCAUGAAGAUCUUUCAGGCUGCUCUGAAGGCCGCGUUGGUGGGUGCUGGUUCUCUCCUCCCUUUCCUGUCAAUUGCUUUUCUUUCACCUUGGUUCUCCUUUUGGCUGGAGGUGAAGGCAGAAAGCAGCUGGUCCAUUCAGCACAUCCCUGAUUCUCAGCAUCCCUGGGGCCAGGAGGUUCCCACAGUGACAUCUCUUGUGGGUGUGAUCAUUUAUUCACAGUCUUCUCCAUGGGCUUGGCUGGUGGCCUGGAGACUCUUCCUGGACAAUUAGCUCAAGCCCUUCAUUAAUUGUUUUUCUGGGAGGAAGAUGGAGGAGUGGACUGAACCAAAGCAGCUGAGUGAUGGUUCCAAGAGGCACCAGAUCUGAGAGUCAGGAUCAGCUACACCCCUCCAGAAAUUCCCCCUUCCUCAUCUCCUCCCAUGUCUUUCUCCUUCCUCUGCCCAUGCAAGAGGGACACAGAAAUGUCCCCAUGGCAUCAUCUCCGGAAGGGAGAAGCCCAAAUCUGGUGGCAUUUCCCCAUCAGUAGGCCAACAUGUUCCCUCCCAUUUCUUAUGAGGUCCAUCCUCACCUGACCAGCAGAAGAAAGGAUGAGGCAAAUCAUUGCCCAGCAUCACCUCCCCGCUGUCCCCGAGCCAGGGGCUGGAUUCCCAUGUAGCUCCCAUGGAGUUAUUGGAGCAGGACACCCCCCAAACUCUCAGCCCACGUGCUCCCAUCAUGGCGUGAUGCUCCUUGAACCCCAGGGGGAAGGAUCCAGCCCCAGUCUCUCCCACCCCUGUUCCCAAACCAGCCAGGAAGGCGCUUGCUUUCCUCUCUUCUUGCAGCAUCCAUAGGAGGCAAAGUCAAUAAGGA